AUGAAUCGUCUUAACAACUUCACACAGGUUAUUACAAAACCCCUUUUUGGCAACAUCAGAAUUAGCUAUCCUUUAUGUUCUAAAUCUUUUGGGCAAGCUUCUGUGAGUAAAGGAAUUAGAUUUUAUUCCAGCAUUCGUGAAGAUGAAUCUUUUGAGGCAUUCAGCGAACGUUAUAUUAGAUUUUUUGAGAGAGUUGAUGAUCGAUUUGAAUUACAAGAAGGCCUUGAUAAUUGUUUUUCGCAUGAUCUAGUUCCUUCACCUGAGAUAAUUCGGGCAUCUCUUAAAGCAACCAGACGUAUAAAUAAUUAUUCAAUUGCUGUCAGAAUUUUUGAAGGAUUAAAACAAAGACUUGGGAGUGAGAGUAAAUAUAAUGAAUAUUUAGAUGAAUUAAAACAUAUCAAAGAAGAAUUGGGAGUGUUAACAAAAGAAGAAUUAGGUUUAUAA